CCCUUCACUCCCUCAACAUCGCGGCGAAGUAUCACGGCACCACCCUGCCUCCGCCACGCCACGCAAGAUGCGCACCACACUCUCCCCCGUUCUCGCCUCGCUGGCGAACGUCUUCCGCAUCCCCUUGUCGCAGACUGCCUCCCGCCCGGCCGCCGCCGCCGCCCUCAGCCGGUUCAAUGGCAACAGCAACAGCAACAGCCUCAGCAACAACAGCAACAGCAGCAGACAAUUCUCGACGACGAGCGCAAUGGCCAAGCGCAAGAACGCCGGUCCCGCGCGGGACAAGCGAAUCACAAUGAUCCGCUACUUCCUCCACCACCCCCUCACUCCGCGCCCCCUCCGCUUCAGCCGCACCCGGUUCCUGCGGCACUGGACGAUCCACCGCGCGUGGCACCUGUACCAGGCGCAGCGGCGGCGGGCCGAGACGCUGGAGCUGGAGCGCCAGUGGCACGCGAUGCGCGCCGCGUGCGAGGAGCUGCGCACCGGCGCCGGCGACGGCGGCAAGCUGUUCCGGAAGAGCAUGAUCAAGACGGGCAUCUUCAAGGAUCUAUUCCCCAUCGAGUACGCGCGCCUGCAGACCGAGGGCCCGUCGCGGGAGGGGUGGAAUCAUGAGUGGAAGGCUUUGAAAAAAUAAUUUCCUCA